AAAUUAAAUUGACGCAUGAGCGACCAAAAAGUGGAUAGAACUGGUACGGUCGAGGGCAAAAGAAAAGAAAAGAAAUUCGCAAAAACUCCGCAGAAGGACGAGGAGAGAAACCUGCGCGACCUUACAAUACGCACAUCCCUCCCAUUUUUGCAUCAUAAAAUUUUAUUUACAAUCCGAUUAUGGCUCCAAAGGAUUCUGUAAAUACUGGAAACACGAUCCUAGAUGAAAAGAUAAAGGAAUGGCUGUCUUGGAAUAAUGAUUCAGCAGCAGAAAAUGAGAUUCAGAAUUACAUCAAUGAAGGAGAUGUAUCGACUCUGUCUAAACUUUUUCUUACGCGAUUGGAAUUUGGUACUGCUGGACUGCGUGGUCGUAUGGGUCCAGGAUACAGUCAACUAAACGAUUUAGUAAUUGUACAAACUGGACAAGGAUUUGUCAAAUAUUUACUAUCCACGAUUUCUGAUGCUAAGACAAAAGGAGUGGUGCUCGGAUAUGACGGUAGACAUCAUAGUAAAAGAUUUGCAGAGCUGACUGCCGCUAUUCUUGUGAACAAUGGUGUAAGAGUUUACAUGUAUUCAAAGGUUUGCCCAACACCUUUCGUCCCCUAUGGAGUAUUGAAGUAUAAAUGUGCAGCAGGUAUAAUGGUCACAGCGUCGCACAACCCAAAGGAAGAUAAUGGCUAUAAAGUUUACUGGGAUAACGGUGCUCAAAUUAUUUCACCCCAUGAUAAAGGAAUUCAGAAAUCCAUCUUGGCUAAUUUAGAACCAUUGGAAUCGUCGUUUAACACUUCAGGAAUUAAUAGCCAUCAGCUAUUCAGUGAUCCACUUGAGGAUGUUAUGCAAACUUAUUUUAAAACCCUUAAAGAUAUGGUUUUGUAUCCUGAAACAAACAAAAAUACAGUUCUAAAGUUUACAUAUACAGCUAUGCAUGGCGUGGGAUAUGAUUACAUGGUCAAAGCAUUUGAUGCAGCUAACUUCAAGCCAUUCAUUGUGGUCGAGGAGCAAAAGGAUCCCGACCCAGACUUUCCAACUGUUAAAUUUCCAAAUCCAGAAGAGGGUAAAAGUGCGUUAGAUCUGAGUAUGAGGACUGCUAAUCAAAAUGCUUCUGGAAUAAUUUUAGCCAAUGAUCCAGAUGCAGACAGACUUGCUUGUGCUGAAAAAAAUCAGAAAGGCGAAUGGCGAGUUUUCACUGGCAAUGAAUUAGGAGCCUUAUUAGGCUGGUGGAUGCUACAUCACCACCAAGUGCGAUACCCGGAUGCGAAUUUAAGUGACGUGUUCAUGUUAGCAUCUACAGUUUCGAGUAAAAUACUGCGAUCUAUGGCCAACAAAGAAGGUUUCACAUUCGAAGAAACAUUAACAGGCUUCAAGUGGAUGGGUAACCGAGUAACAGAGCUGUUACGUCAAAAGAAAACCGUAUUAUUUGCUUUUGAAGAAGCUAUUGGAUUCAUGUGCAGCUCCACUGUAAUAGAUAAAGAUGGUAUCAGUGCGGGUGUCCGCGUCGCUGAAAUGGCAUCAUAUUUAGAAACUAUGGGGAUAUCGCUUGCUGGAAAGCUAGACGAGAUUUAUGCAGAGUAUGGUCAUCAUAUUAGUGAUAAUUCCUACUACAUCUGUCAUGAGCAACUGGUGAUCAAAAGUAUUUUUGAAAGACUAAGAAAUUUCAACGGAAAACCAAAUACGUAUCCAAGCAGCAUCCUUGGAGGCAAAUAUCCCAUAAUUGGCAUUCGCGAUCUUACGACAGGAUAUGAUAAUACACAGCCCGACAACAAAGCAAUUCUGCCAGUUUCAAAGUCCAGCCAAAUGGUCACAUUCACAUUUGAGAAUGGGCUUGUACUUACGUUGCGUACCAGUGGUACUGAACCCAAAAUCAAAUAUUACACAGAGUUGUGCGCCUCGCCAAAUAAGCAGGACCUUACAGAGCUGAAGGAUGUACUUAACGAAAUGGUGGCUGCUAUUGUGCUUGAGUUUUUACAACCAGAAUUGAAUGCGCUUAUUGCGAGAAGUUCGUGACUUGAUUACUAUCUAUUUAAUUAUGAUAUGGUAUGAAGAAUGAAGUUAAUUUAAAUGAUUUCAUGAACAUUGUCAAAGGAAUAGUUUAGUUCUAGUCACAAACCUAUUUAACACAACCAGUGGAUAUUUGAAAUAACCCAUUAGAUUUUUUCAUAACAUUCAUAUUUUCUCAAAAUAUUGCUAGUUACAGACAAUAAUUGAAUUGAAAUAACUUCUAGUUCUAUUGUUUUUGGAAAUUUUUGUUGAAGACAAUCGAAUUUCUAGUUCAUCACGAAAAAUAAAAAAGUAUUCACUUAUCAGUCAUAUUGAAAUGAAUAAAUUAAAAGAACAUAUACGUUAAUAUUUCAUUAAAUGUUCGUUUUUUAUAUUCCAGUGAUAGAAAGGCAAGAUUUUUUAUUAUACCUCCAUAUUCUGUGUUAAUAAAAGAAAAUAUAUUGUUUCUUAUUUUUCCGUAUUUGUAUCACAAUAUAAUAACUAGUGAUUUAUUACAAUUAAUUGUAGUUGACUGGAACGAUUUGUCCAAAAGGGUCUUGUGAUUUUCAUAAUGAUUAACGUUUGUUGGAUUUAGGUUAAACCGAAUGUUCUACUUUCUACAAUAAACAAAUUAAUCUUA